AUGCUAGGAGCUGUGAAAAUGGAAGGACACGACCAUUCAGAUUGGAGCGCCUAUUACGGAGAGCCCGAGUGCUACACCACAGUUGGGAACAUGAGCAACGGGCUGGGAAUGAAUUCAAUGGGCGCCUACAUGAGUGUUCCCGGAAUGAGCGCUGCGGGCGGCGUGUCGGCCAACUCCAUGAACAUGUCUUAUAUGAACACGGGAGUUAGCCACUCUGUUGCAGGUAUGUCUCCGGGCGCAGGGCCCACGAACGGCAUGGGAACGGGGAUGGUUAGCAUGAGCGCAACGCUGAAUACAAGCAUGAGCCCUAUAAGUGCAUCACCGACACCCAUGAACACCCUAGCAUCCUACUCCACCAUGAACGUCAUGAGUCCAAUGUAUGGACAAGCAAAUCGGCCCAGGGAUCCAAAGACGUAUCGAAGGAGCUACACGCAUGCGAAGCCUCCCUACUCGUACAUAUCUUUAAUAACCAUGGCCAUUCAACAGUCUUCUUCAAAGAUGCUCACGUUAAGUGAGAUUUAUCAGUGGAUCAUGGAUCUAUUUCCAUUUUACCGACAAAACCAGCAGCGCUGGCAGAACUCUAUUCGUCAUUCGCUAUCGUUCAACGAUUGUUUCCUGAAAGUGCCUAGGUCUCCGGAUAAACCAGGCAAAGGUUCUUUUUGGACCCUCCAUCCAGAUUCCGGAAAUAUGUUCGAAAACGGUUGCUAUUUGAGAAGACAAAAACGUUUCAAAUGUGAUAAAGCGUCAGAGAAGGACUCGAACAAAAAAGCGUCUGAGAGCGUAUCCCAUGACAGUUCCGAGAACUGCAACAGUAAAGAGUCGCCUCAUCCCAGCACUCCCGCCAAAGACUUAAAAAGAUCCGACGGGAAAGCCAGGGAAGCUUUGAGCCCCGUGCACCCGACAUCGCCUGGCACUCAGACGCAUCAUCAUCUCGUGCAACACCACUCGGUGCUCGUGCAUGAUUCGCACCUGAAACCGGAGCACCAUUAUUCCUUUAACCACCCGUUCUCCAUCAACAACCUGAUGUCAUCCGAACAGCAGCACCACAGAAUGGACUUCAAGACCUACGAGCAGGUGAUGCACUAUGGCUACGGAUCACAAAUGACCGGGCCACUAUCAGUUGGCCACAUGUCAGCCAAAGGAGCUCUGGAGCCCUCAGCUCUUACCUCUGAACCUUCUUACUACCAAGGUGUGUAUUCCAGGCCCAUAAUGAACUCAUCCUAG